UGUGCGCCCUCUUGCGUCCUGGAGAAAACCAUUCAUUGAAUCUCAAUAGUAGUGCUCUAAUUGGCCACAUGGCGGCAGUACAGGUGCGUGCGCUUCCAGUUAAAACCUCCAGUGAUAGGUUACAGAUGUGCUUAAAGACGAAAGCACUUUGUGGAAAUCACGUGGUUGUUUUCCUGCGCGCUUGCUUUCUGAUUGGGGUACCUCAAAAAAAAAAAAAAAAAAAAAAAAAAAACAUGCGCACGCCGGUUGACUGUAARGCUCUCAUCCCAUCUCUGUAAAACAUUGGUCUCCACACACAUCGAGGAGGAGGAAACAGAGGAGGAACUGAACGCAUCACCUUUCUUUCUGCUCGCUCGCGCCGCUUUCAUUUCGGGAAGUAAGGAGCCGCUUUUUUUUUUGACAAGAAGAGCCACACCGGCACGGACUGCAGAAGGAAGGAGGGGGACUUUAUCAGCAGCGUGAUGACGGGCAAAUCUGUGAAAGACGUUGACAGAUAUCAGGCGGUCCUCAACUCAUUAUUGGCGCUGGAGGAGAACAAAUACUGCGCCGACUGCGAAUCUAAAAGUCCAAGAUGGGCUUCCUGGAAUUUGGGCAUCUUCAUUUGUAUCCGCUGCGCUGGUAUUCAUCGAAAUCUAGGGGUCCACAUCUCAAAGGUCAAGUCCGUCAACCUGGAUCAGUGGACACAGGAGCAGGUUCAGUGCGUUCAAGAAAUGGGAAACGCCAAAGCCAAGCGUCUCUAUGAGGCUUUUUUACCCAAGUGCUUCCAGCGCCCUGAGACCGACCACGCCGCAGAGAUCUUUAUCAGGGACAAGUACGAAAAGAAGAAAUAUAUAGAUAAGGUCAUCGACAUCCAGAUGCUUAGGAAAGAAAAGAGUUGUGACAACAUCCCCAAGGAACCAGUUGUGUUUGAAAAAAUGAAAUUGAAAAAAGACGUCAGUCCGARGACAGACUCUCAAGCUGUUACAGAUCUGCUUGGACUGGAUCCUCCUGCUCAGAGUCCUGCGGUGUCUAAUGGUGGAGGAUGUGUUCCAGACAGCAAUGAAAGCCCCGUGGUGUCUAAUCCAGCUCACACACACCCUGCCCUGGAUCUCUUUGCCUCCUUCCCAGCCCCAUCCCCAGCUUCUUCUACUAAAACCACGCCUGUUUCCAGCUCCUUGCCUCAGAGCAGAGUGACUGCCUCAGUGCCUGAAAACCUCAGUUUGUUUCUGGAUCCGAAACCCAAGUCGGAGGAAGGCGCUGUCAAGAAGCUGUCCAAGAAUUCUAUUUUGUCUCUGUACGCCUCCACCCCCUCAGUGCACGCCAGCAGCAUGGCGGCACAUGCAGGUCUGUACAUGAACCGAGUGGGAUACCCGACGCAUCCGUAUGGUCCGUACCAUUCUUUAGCCCAGGUGGGUGGGAUGGGAGGAGCCAUGAUGCCAUCGCAAGUGGCCAUGAUGGGACAACAGCAGAGUGGCAUGAUGGGGGUUCAGCAAAACAACAUGAUUGGAGUCCAACAGAACUGCUUGAUGGGACAGCAGAAUGGCCUAAUGGGUGCUCACAUGGCACAGCCUGGCAGCGUCGUGGCACCGCCCUACAUGACGGGGAUGAGCCAGGGCUUGAUGGGACAGCAGCAGAAUGGAAUAAUGGGACAGCAGCAGAAUGGAAUAAUGGGACAGCAGCAGAGUGGCAUGAUGGGACAGCAGCAGAUGGGAGGCUUGGCUACGGGACCUCAUCAACAAGUUUAUGGAGCRCAGCAAAGCCAGCAGCAGCUUCAGUGGAACAUCAGCCAGAUGACUCAACACAUGGCUGGUGCGAAUCUCUACAACACCAGCGGCACGACGGGAUAUGGCAGCAGCACCGGCAGUCCCGCAGCUCCAGGUUCAGCACACAUGACGGCACACGUUUGGAAAUGAGCUCACAGAAGCUCGGUAUCUUCAGGAACGGGUGGGGAAGCAGUUGGAUCAGACUCCACAUGAAACAUUGUCAAAAUCAAGAGAGGAGGAGGCAGGUGUGAAGAAGAGUGGAGAAACAACGACUACCUCUCUUUCUUUUCUCUCUCUGCCUAAGCUUCCUCUGGCCAUGUCAUCCAUAGAGCCAUGAUCUGCAGAAUUCCAUGUUUGCCUUCAGGACAUGUUGGUUCUCCAACCAAGAAAACAGGGUUCAGAGGCCACCGGUUAGGACUCUGCAUCUUUUUUUGUCGAGCCAUUGUGUGGAAGUAUGCGUGCCCUUAAAUCUGCAACUGCUUUGUUUACUGAGAACUUUUCAGUUUUUUUUUUUUGUUUUUGUUUUUAAACAAAGUGCCGAAGUUAAGCAGAGCAAUUUAUAUUUGAUUCCAUAGAACCUAAUGAAAUGAGACAUAAAAUUAGUAAUGCAGUGAACUAUACACUAUCACAUUUAUUCAAAAGAAAUGCUACAUUUUAGCAUGAAUAAUAUAUUUAAUGAGCAGUUAAAACAGUUAUGGCAUGUACAUUGCUUAGGGGCUUAUUACAUCAAAUCUAGUCUAUUAUUUAAAGUAUAUUCUUACAGGUUUAAGAAGAGCUGCUACUACUUGAGCGUUAUUACCUGAUGCGAGUCACAAACRGGAACUCGUUGAGCUGGAGUCCAGUUGAGACAGAUAUAAAACUUUCUCAUUGUGACCUAAUGCUGCUUGUGUUCUCACAGAAAUAUAUUAAGUGGCAACAAAAUACAGAUCAAUAAUAAAAUGAAAGGCAGCAGAAAGAAGAAAAAAUCUUA